AUGUCUUCGAAUUCCAACUGUAGAGCCCAAUUGCGGAUUUGUGAACUAAAAUCAGGACUGGGAACCAUGAUCUCUGCGUGUACAGAAAAAGGGAGCACGAAAACGGACUGUUCCGUGCUUCUCUGUGGUGUGUUGCAGUUUUUUCUCGGUUACCUGAUCGUCGGUUGGAUUUGGAGCAUAAUCUGGGGAGUGAAGAUCUAUUCCAAAUCCCAAAUAAAAGUGCGCAUAGUUCACACCAACAGCGACGAUGCUACCAACCAAGCACUUCAAAUUCUGAUUUCGUUCUUGAGAAUGCAAGCAACAGAAAGCGACAAUACUGGUACGGGGAAGAUACAGUACUUACAGGCUAAUCAAGGUUUUAUCCGUUGCCGCCAUAAGAUAUUUGGCAAGAGGGAUAUUAUUUUCUUCUUUAGCGACUCCCCGAUGUUUGAAGGUAAACUGAAGUUGGGAACCCUUGUGAAGUUCAAUGUGGUGGAGAAUGGCCAUCGCGAGAAUUGUAAGGGAGGUCAGGUUACCCACUGGGCGGUAAUAACGUCCAUUUGUGAAGGUAUUGAAAGAGAUGCAAACACAUCUCAAGGAAGUUGCAAGACUUCUUCCGAUUUAAGUGAUUCUAGUUCGUUGUAUUCUAUGGGCUCUCUUGAAGAGUCUUAUGGUUAUGACGCUAACAGAACGAACUUCAAGAAGUGUGAACUACCGGAAAGGGACAUACUGCAUGAUCUGAUGCAGUCGGUGUAUCUAUCACUGUACCACGUCGUGCUCGACUCUUCGAUUCGCCAAAACACUAUUGAGGGAAAGUCCUGUUGGGACGUCUAA